GGGGUAGGGAGCGUAGGACCACUUUAAGACCCACAAGAGUUGUUGUUUCCCCCCUCGUACUGUUUGUUUCCAGUCCCCCCAACAAGUAGCGCUUAAUGAUCCAGCGCACUCGGGGCUUGUACGGCUUCUCUCUCCGGUUCCUGGAGAUCCGCACAACGGAGACCCGCUGCAGUGGAGGCAGUUGUUCCUCUUCGAUGUAAUGAGAACUCUCCCACUUUUUUGGGGGAACUUUUUUCUCUCUCUCUCUCUCUCUCUCGGUGCGUCUGAGUUUCUGAUUAAGUUGUUCAUUUGUUAAAUUUUUCACGCCCAAUCAUGUACGGAUAGCGGACGGUUCGCGCAGGAAUCCGGCUCAAGUGGAUCAGCGCUGACGGGUUUCUGGAGACGGGAUUACACGGCACCGUGGCUACCCACUGAACGCCCACACACGGGCCCGAUAACGCACCAUCUGGCCCGGAGUAAAUAACACUUCUCCAGAUUGCACACUAUCAAUGGAUGGACUUAUGACACUGCUUUGAGUCUGGCCGAGUCAAGCAGCCAUAAUAAUGGCAUACUCCAAUCUUUCAAUGCAUGGUAUCUGCAGAGCUGUUUGGCCUCUUGGCUGCGUGCUUCUGAUGUUUGGCUACUUCUCCGUGGCUUCCCCGCACCACGGUCGGCAGCUGAUCUGCUGGCAAGCCAUCCUAAAUUGUAAAAACGAGCCCGGUUGCAACUACGCAUAUGACCACUACGUCCAGGCCUGCGAGCCCGUGCUGAGCGGGGCUAAGAAGAGGUGUCCCAGCCACUGCAUCUCCUCGUUAGUUCAGCUCAACUUGACCAAAAGCGGCCCGGCUCUGGAGGACUGCAGCUGCGGCGAAGACCUGAGAUGCGCACGCACCAAGCGGGCCAUCGAGCCGUGCCUCCCGAGGACUACCAGCACAGGCUGUACAGAAGCCCGGCUGCAGUGCGGGAGGGACGCGCAGUGCAGCUCCGCCAUGCAAGACUACUUGCACCACUGCGGGAAACUUUUUAACGGCGCGAUCUGCACGAACGCCUGCCGGAACGUGAUCGCGAACAUGCGUAAAAUCCCCAAGGGUCAGAAGCUGGAUACGUGCAUGUGCGACGGGCCGGAGAGGACCAUCUGUGAGUUCGUUAAGAGCAGCAUGAAGAUGCUGUGCUUCGACAAUCCAGACCCAGACAGAGAAUACGGCAGCGGACGAUGGGUCGACGAGGAGGACGGUGAUGACAACCCGGACGGUACAGUGGAACCGUGGAGCAGAGCCUCUCUCCCGACUGCGGGCCGCUGGGGUCUGACCCUGCUGGCUUCUAUUUUGGGUCUGUCGCCCCUCCUUUAAUCUAAGGGUUUUCUAUUGUUCCGAUAAAAAGGCAAUCAAAACUUAUCAAAACACUCAUUGACCUGCUAUAGUAAAAGCCUGACAAACUGAACAGAGUUCUCUUCGUCAUCAUAACGGGAUAAUCCUCAA